AUGGGAGAUAAAGUGAAGUGGUCGUUGAAGAACACUGACGGAAGAGAAAAGGAUACCACCAAAUGUUGUGGGUUUCAUCAAGUCCAUGGGCAUAAAACCACCGAAUGCAAGACCUUACUCUGCGAAGUGAAUGACUUGGUCAACUAUGGCCAUUUACAUAACCUGUUGACCGAAAGAGGAAAGGUUCUUCUAGCCAAAAGAAAGGAAAAAGCCACAGAAGACGGCAUACCAGAGCCCACCGAAACUAUUGUAGUCAUCGUCGGGGGGUUGGAGAUUAGUGGAAUUUCUCACUCGACUGCCAAAAGAAAUGCCAGAGCCGCCAUCAACCCAGAAGCAAGGAAAGGGCGGCCGACAAAGACUUCUUCUGACCAAGUGAUAACAUUUAAUGAUAGUGAGGCAACCGAUUUGUUGGAUCCACACCACGAUGCACUUGUCAUUUCCAUCCAGGUGGCAAAUUGUAUAAUCAAGCAAGUAUUGAUCAACAACAGGAGUUUGGCGAACGUCUUGAUGUUGAGCACCCUCAAGAAGAUGAACAUUGAUGAAAAUCAUGUUGUUUGA